AUGCAGCAUUCGAUAUGUUUGGCCAUUUUGCAGUUUCCACCAAUACACCUCACAGAUUCCGUGGAGGCCGCAAUCUCGUCUGACCUGGCACUUCCUGCAUUGCGAGUUGGGGCAGAACUGCUGAAAAUCAUCCGAUCUAAUCUUGUCACAGUUGUCACCGGUUCAACGGGGUGCGGAAAGACGACAAUCGUACCGCUACUUCUCUUGCUGCAGCAUAAGAAUGCGCGGGUCCUGAUAGCGUUACCUCGGCGCAUUGCGACGCAGAUGGCUGCUGAGCGUCUCAGGCAGCUCCUCGGAGACGAGAGACUCGGUCAAACCGUUGGCUACCACGUGGGCCACGAAGAAGCGUGCAAGUCGGAUGAAACUCGUUUACUGUUUGUGACGGCCGGCAUGCUCCGUAAGUAUGUCACUGGCGCUCUCCGUCAGCUGCACAUGAUUGGGCAGGCAUCCUUUGGCGGGGGUCCAACAACUGAGGAGGUGGUUCCAGGUAAAAGGCUGGGGUCAAUCUUCCCAUACGAUUUUGUUCUAGUGGACGAAGUGCACGAACGUACAAUAGACUGCGAUAUGGCCUUGCUGUUGCUAAAGUGCCUUGUUGCGAAGAUGACAGCUGCCGCUAUUCGUGCUGGAAUGCAGCUGCCUGUUUUUCGUAUAGUCGUUAUGUCAGCAACUAUCAGCGCCAACGAUUUCUCUACUUUCCUGGCGGGGGAUAGUUUGAACAUUUUCGAGGCCGAACAUGCAGAAUGGAUGGAAAAGACAUCCCUGUUGCGAGUGAAGGGGGCGCUGCAGGCUGAAAGUCUAAAUGGAACGCAUUCAGCAUCCUCCACGGUCGCGGCGGACCUAACACCCGCGGAGGUGCAAGAAUACGAAAUGAGGGAACGGGAGCGUCUUAUUAGUUGGGCUAGGAAUUUGGUGGUGCCCCUGAAUGAGCUGGCGCGUUUGUGGAAAAGCCGCCGAUCCAAAGAUUCCGCGGCUAUAUUCCAAGAGCGACACCGGCCGAUGCCAUCAAGUGCCCCGUGCAAGAGACAGCAUUGGAGGCAGAUAUCGGGAACAGCAAGUGCGAGAGGGAACUGUGUUGAAGUGGCGAGACGAACCAACUUCGAGGUAGAGGAGCUUUUUUGGGACGACAUCGUGGAUUUAGCACGCUCUAGCAUGACUGCCACAGUUACAGACCUUCUGGAUAUUGCAAGCCCUACACUACUACGCUAUAUGGGCAUAGAUCCGGAAGGCGGUGGAAUUUGCUCUAUGGUGGCACAACAAAGCUCUGCGGAUGAACGAAAGGCACGAACAAAUCUCAGCAGGGGAGGGGCACUCCCUUACGACUCUUGUCACGGGGAUGCUGGCAACGAGUUGAACCAAGAAGAUGUGCAUGCCGGGGGAGGCGUUUUUUGCCUUGACAAGCCCAGACUAAAUUGGUGGUGUCUCGAGAGUGCAGCACGUCUCCUGCUGCUGAUACACGUUCAGUGCCUACUCCGAAAUGUUCCCCAGCCGGGCGUGCUCGUGUUCCUUCCUGGGAAGCCUGAGAUUUCACGCAUGGAACAAGCGCUGGACCAAGCGAAAGCAGAGGCUGCUGUGGCUCUAUGCAGUGUUCGGGAUAAUCUGCAAGAGCGAAUUAGACCUGACAGUACGCAAGAAAGUGCAGGGCCAGUGCAGCUGAGGGUAAAUCUGCAGAUUUUGCGAAUUCAUCGCGACGCUGAGACAGGAGACUUGAAACGCGCUAAGCAGCAUGCUCCAAGUUCGACGUGCAUGAAGAUUAUCCUCGCAACUAACAUUGCGGAGAGCAGCAUUACUUUCGUGGACGUGUGCAUCGUCUUGGACUUUGCGCUUGUCAAGGAGAAGCAUGUGCACGCCGUCACCAAAGCCCACCGUCUACAGCUACGGUGGGCGAGCCGCGCUGCCUUGGACCAACGAAGGGGAAGAACGGGGCGGGUGAGAGACGGGACAUAUUUGUGUCUGAUACCACGGGAACUGUACAAUUCCCUUGAGCCAUUCCCCUUACCUGAGCUUCAACGGCUUCCUUUGGAGGACGUGCUUGUGGACAUCAUGGCAGCUCUUCCCGGUGAGAGCACUGACGCGUCUCUCUUUUUCCUUUCGCAAGCUCAAGACCCACCGGAUGUUGGUAGAGUGUACGAGGCUCUAUGCAGCAUGGAAGCGUCAGCGAGGGGAGUCGACAAGAACAAACUGCCUGAUGCAGAACUGCUGCGCUGGGUGGUGGCCCGCUCAGCGAGACUUGCUUUUGCUUGCCGCUUGAGAGACCGUCUAUUUCCUGAGGCAGCUCACAGAAUGCACCUACAAUCGCGUUCAAAGAGCGAGCUAGGGGAGUGGCCCACCGUGAAGACCGACAAAUCUGAGCAGGCCCCUUGGUUGCAAGAGCCACAGUGCACUGGUUCCGAAGACACAAACAGUUUCAUAUGGGGCGAAUUCAUUCCUUGUGACAUAUGUGUCGAUGUUGUGGCAAUGCUGCACCUGCACAAAAUACAUGGUAACCGCCUUUACCAGCUUCAGAAUCAUUUGACAUUAAGUGCAGACAAAUUGCAGCGGGGAGACGCAGUGCAGCCGAGUGACAGUAGAUUUCCGUAUUCAGUGCAAGCCAUGAGGCAGCUUCGGAGAUUUCUCGCAAUGAGCGGCGUAUCUGUUCAGGGAGUUGCUGAUGUGGCUUCGCAACACCAAUCCAUCUCCCGUAAACUAGCUCGUGUUGGGAUUUUGAGGUGUACUGAGUCCUGCAGAGCGAUGCCGCCCAUGAGCACGGUCUCGCAUUGCAACGAAUACAAGUUGAAGGAGCCUUUGGGCUGUGGCAUUGAAAGUCUUGUUUGGCGUCUGCAGUUAGUCCUUGCCUGUGCAUGCAUGCCCUUCGGCUUUAGCAGAGUCCGGGACAGCCCUAUGCAGGCACCAUUUAACUUGGGUCAACAGCCCAAAUCUCACUUUGCAUUCAAUGUUCUGUGUCAUGAGGCUUUCCAGGAGAGGCCGGAUUUGAGGUGUCACGACGCACUGGUCGAAGCUGCGAAACAGAGCUGUUCGGAAGCUACUAAGAGCUGUUGGCGUUUCCCGUCGAGGGCAUGGGACUCUCCGCUCACGUUCUUGUGUAUGGAAGCACCAGAGCGUUCUUCAAGGAAGCAGUUGCAGCGCAGAUAUUCUCAGGGGGCUGGGAAGUUCUGCAUCAGCGAUUCUGCAUCAGGCUGCGUGUGUUCUGUAUCGUUUGCGGAGGGUUAUUCUGAAGUUCCUUCAAUCCGUCAGGGUCACUUGGAAGGUGAGGCCAAUUCUCGUUUAAGCUGUGACACAGAAUUAAACAAGCAACGUUGGUCCCAACAAUUUUUUAAUGGAGAGAUGGGGCUACUCCUGCGCAGCAGUUGUAGCACGGCGUUCUGUCUGAGGCUGGCCGUCGCACUGCUGAGGGAAACCGACCCCUUGGCUUUUUUCUCCGAUUUGGCCUGUACUGGACAGCUUUCGAGGGAUGCGGGACGUGGUACAAGAGUUCUCCUUUACAACUCCUUCAGGACGUGGGUGGACCGGCAGAGGCGGUCCCAUGCAAAACUGUCUGAAGAGUUCGAAUGCAUGUGCUCACGACUCAAAAGUUUUGGCGUUCUCGAGGAUUCUCAUGUUGACGGUUGGUGUGCUGGGCAGUCUCGGAGCUUGGGGCUAUCGAGGCCUACUGCAUGCGCGCCAAGAAGUGUACCUCUGCGUGACUUUCUGCCAGUGGGGAUGAGCAAACGCAUGAGCUCAUCACCUGAGUGGCUGGAUUCUGUGAGGGUUCUUGAAGGGUUUAUAUGCCGACUUCUUCUCUUCGCUGCUCAUUCUCGAACGACGCGACGGUUGGUUCAGUUGAUGUACACCACGUUGUUGGAAAGACCUCAGGGGCUGCGGCAGCUGCUAAGUGAACAGCAGGGAAACUGGCCAAUUGCUCGCUCGGAGAUGGAUAUGAUGGAUAGGGCUAGGGAGGAGCUCACUUCAAUAUUUAUGCAUCCAUCAAUCAGCGGACGGCUUGCUAGCUUCGUGGGGCCGUUGCAAUUCUUUUCUCUCAGUGUGAAGGGCUGUGUACCUCUCUCUGAUCUGUUACUCUGUGAAGGGUGGGAUUUUGACUUUAAGGGGAUUCGCCCUGGGGUCCCCUUUGGGCCUCUAAUUAGAGUACAGGAGCUGCUGGGCCCUCUGCUUAGUAGCGGCUGCCGCGCGCUGCUCCCCACAGACGUGCAAGGAGUUGCAGAAGCUGUUAACGAGUUCUAUAGCAGCAAGCAGGUGCAGGCUCGACAGCAGCAGGCUCGUGGUAACUCCAAGAGGGCAAAGGGUGGUGGCCUUCUUCGCCAUUUGGAAGAGCAGAAGCAAGGCCACACGCCCACGGUAUCUGUGUGGACGUCCCUUGUGGAAGAGGCAGUUGACAGUCUAACAGCUGCAGCAAAUGCUGCGCUGGCACGCCAACGGUCCACGAAAUCUGGAGAUGGGACUGCAGACCCAAUUCAAGGCGUAUGCAGGCUGCUAAGCGCAGCAACGGAGGCGACUCAGAUUGUGAGUGCCUACUGGAGGUGUUGUGGUCUAGUGCACGCACAGCCCAACGCCAGAAGGGUUCAACUUCUUGCGUUCGGGGAUAGCCACCGCAGAGCAUUGUUGCAGUGGAUUCACAGAGCUACAGGCGGAAUCGACUUAAGGGCAGCUGGAAGGAGGCAAGGAGAGUUGAGGGGGCCCGAACUUGAGUGUAUUAACCAGCCUUUGUGGGCAUCGAUGAUGCCUUUCGCCGACGAACAGUGCCCUCCAACGAGUGCUGGCACUGGGCCAUUGCCUGAAUUGCAGGUGCCGGAUGCAGUACCGCGGGUUGUGUCGGUAGAGGAGGAACAAAUUGAGGAACGGCUGCUGGAGGCAGCUGAGAAAGCCGAACAUGCUGCAGGGGGAGGCUUCGUGAGCGCAGGCUGUCUAGGAGAGAUAGUAGCACUGGCGAUUGUAGCGGCAAAUAGGCUACUGGACUUCCAGAAGGAGGGAUGGGAUGAAGCACAGCACCAUCGAGAGAGCAGAUCAAAGCCACGGCCACCGGCGGAAGCUCCAGCGAGCCCAGCCACUACUGAAGAUCCACCUCUUGGGAGGGUUUCUACAGGGGGGGCUGGAACUGACUCGAAGGACACCUUGCAAGACUCAUCAAGCAUAAGGAAAGCUUCCUGGUUUAAUAGGAAGGGCAAUUCCUCCCAAUUGUAUUCAGUAAAGGCGGAGCCUAAUUCGCUUUUCGGGCCGUGGCACCAACGCGAUUCAUUCCAUCAGCAGGAGGAAAGCAGAGCACACUCGCAUACUCUUGAGUCAUCUUUUGCUGGUAGGAGGGAGGUAGCACAAAGAGAUGCUGGUAAUACGGGUAACCUCCAUGAUUUACACGAAGCGCCUUUCUCGAGCGUAUCGCACAGCUUCCUGAGGGCAUUUUUAGUCCUAGAUGAAGAAGGGAGAAGCCGCAGGAGGCAACGCGGCCGCCCGAGUACAGCCCGUGUUUGCCGCAUCUCAGAGCAGUCGAUUCUUCACAGCAACGGACCAUUUUACCCAUCAAGCUACUCGCGGGAGUUCUUGCUGCUCGGUCUGAGCGAAUGGGAUACCUCAGCUGGCCUUGCCAGCGGGGGUUCGGACUUAGGCGCGGCCUCAUUGCUGCCACCGUUGCCUCAUCUAGAAGAGUUACUUCUCUUCAUGUUGGCACCGGUUGUGUAUAUCUUACUGCUGAAUGAUGCCCGAUCCAUUUUGAGUGACGUGUUUAACCACCCCGAUGUUCCAAUCACUGACAAUUGCCGCACUGGUACCACGAAAUGGAGCGUAGCAAGUUUUGAAGACAAUGAUGACGGCGCCGGGGACAGCAAUGAUAACAGGAUGCCCUCUGACAAAGCGAAGGGGGCAGCUGGCGGAUUGGAUUCUCACGAGUCGGCUGCUGGAGCAUGCCUAGACAAUAUUUUGGGACAACUACUGCGCCCCAAGAUUCGAUUGCAGUACAAACAGCAUUUAGGGGCUACGACAGCUACUGCACGUCUCCGGUCACGAGCCAGGAAGCCACGCAAUGCAAGCGAACAGCCAAACAUGAGUCCGCAGAAUUACACUGCAUCUGCCUGGGACAGAGAUGCGCCCUGCUGGAAGAAGCUGGACCAUGCAAAGCAACAACAAGGGCAAGCUGAAAGUGCAGUAGAGGCGUCGCUAUCACCUAUUGUCGUUUACGACUUGCAAGGAGCAGCAAUGGACAUUCCUGAAAGAGCAAUGACUCCACCAUCCGGAUGCCCUACACGGACUUCUCGGUCACCAGGCUUACAGGAGGGGGCAAAAAAGCAUCACCACCAGACGCAAAAAAAUAAGUCCCAAGGAUGCGUGCAUCUGGAUUCCUUGGCUAUGAUUAUAACAGAGUCGGUGACGUCUCUGCACGCCCCUCAAGCAGAGAAAACAGCCGUGCUUCCUGAGGGGGCCAGACCUAGCAUGUGGGGUCUGCCAGUUUCCCUGUUGAUGCUUAGGCACAUCCCUCAACAUCCACCUCUCUCUGAAGUGCAGCCAGUGGAAGCCUGGAGAAGCUUGCCAGCAACUCUUUUGCCUGACUAUGCAGGGAAAUUGCUCCUUCAAUGUGCCAACAGCUGUUGCAGGGUUCCACUGGGGCACGCUGGGGAUCUGAAGCGAGUUUCCAGGCGGCAUCCGCUUGCUGACGGCCCCCCAUGGGCAAAGUUAGCCUUUAAAUACUUCCUGGAAGAACUCGCUUCAUCUACAAUAGCAUCGGCAGAGUCAGGCCUUCCAUCUAGACGAACUAGUGUGGGACGUUAUGUACCUGAGAGUGUACCUGGUAGGGGAACUUCUGUUCAGAGCAACUUCGGAAGUCCUGUAACCACGCUGGAAAAUACCCUUCUUGAGUGGCUGCAAGAAACAGAGUUGCUGAGACCUGAAGGGGUGAUGGAGAUCCGGACAGACACUGAACCAGCAAAAGAGCGUGAGCUUUGGGUGAUGAACACCGCGAAAGUUCUCCAAAGACAGACGGAAUGCAAAGCGUGCUACGUGAAUGGUGUACAAGUUGCGGCACCAGGGCGUCCGUGCAACAACUGGCCUUGUGUGAUGGGCCGCUGUUUCCGCCAGCAGCUGGUGCCUCUACUUGACGAUGAACAUGCUUCUCUUGCAAAGCUGAAGCUGGAAAGCCGGUUAUUGCUUACCCCGUCUAGUCUAGCUUUCGUCUCCACAUAUAUAAGGCCUCUUCUGCGUACGCGCCGGCGACUAGAAAGCCUUCUCAAGGUAAAACAAGAAGAGGCAUUUCAGACGGAAGCCAGUUCAGCAAAACUCACUCAACAAAACCGGAUGAAGCAGCAGCACAGCCACAUGGUGGACAAGUUUGUAGAAUGGGUUCUGUGUGGUGGACCCGUCCGACACAUCGUUGGUUUUCGCAUUUUCGAGUUUUUCGUGUUCCCUCCGGACUCACUGGUGGAGAUAGCAGGGCACACGGAUGCGCAGCGCGUGUACUUCUGGAGACAGGCUUCUUCUAACAUUGUGCCGCGAAAUCCGGUUGACUUUCCAAGGAAGCUGAGUGGCGGCCCUCUCCUUUCGUUCUUCGAUGCCCUAGAGUUGGGCCGUAACAAUGGAAAUCGAACGGCGGAACAUGACGGCGGAGUACUGCAGUCACCAGACGUAUUCUUCGCAGCUGCAAGAUAUAUUCACAGCUACGAGAAGGGGGUUCAGCAGAAGGACUUGGAAGCGUCAAUUACUUUUGUUGACCAUUUAGCCGAAGUAAUUGCACGACAUUGCAUGUGGACAGCAGAAAAGAUUCACCUUAAGGAUUCGGAGAUGUACCAGAAGUUCUUUGUAGAGUCGUGGGACAUCUUGAGGCCAGUUUCAAUGGGGACAAGUGCAGCUAUUGCCCAACAACCACGCAGUCACUCUCAAAGUUAUGGACACCAGAAUGCGAGCGAAGGAGGACAACCGAUUUCUUCAGAAAGCAAUGGGCAUCUGAGCAGAACACUGCAGACUCUGCUGACCGUUGCAUCACCGAACCUGCAAGGAGCCCUGAUCCCUUCGGACCUGUUCGACUGGCAAACGCGUCUGCUGCAAAAGCAGCGAAAUGCAAUACUCAGGCACGUGGACACUGCUCUACUGUCGCUGCCAAAAGAAUGGUUGGAAGGCAGCUGGACAAUCAGCCGAGUCGUAGAGGAACAGUCUCCAAUCUGGCGAUGGUCGCCAGAUGAAGAGGAGACGAAACAACAGCAAGAAUUGAAUCAGGCUACGCAGGCAAAGCGGAAAGCUGAGGAGAAAGACAGAAAGAUGAAGGAAUCCAAGGAACUAAGAAAACGGCUGGAAAUGGAGGCCCUGGAGUCGUCGAAACGUAUUCGGCAAUUUCGGUGA